AUGAAGCUCAGCAUUGCCUUAUUUGUCAGCUGUGCUUUGGCUUUAAGUAUUCCAGAUCCUAUUAAUGAUCAAGAACGAAAUGACGAAAUCGCUCAAUCACAAGUUAGGGCCCGCUAUCUAUCUUGUUUACUGAUUUAUAGAAAUCUGAAGAAAGAACUUAAGGACUUUGAAGAAAUAAUGGCAGCCACUAAGCAUGAUAAAGAUCUGACCCGCAAAAAGAUUUUUGGAGAUUUACUAUAUAGAUGUGAAAAUACAAUGACUCCUAAGCUUGCAGAAGAGCUUUUGACCGCUGACGAAAUGGAUCUCGGUAAAGAAGAGCUUAAAGACAUUGUUUUAAUCAAUAAAGAGCAGCUUUUGGAUUCUGGAAAAGACAUUAAAUUGACACAGCAGCAAGAAGAAUUAAUUAAAAAAAUCACAGAUGUAACUUUUAAGUAGGAAGCAAACAGAUCUGAUGACGGGUUUGACCAAGAACCCCAGGUUUUGAGCGAUUUUGACAUAAAUUCAUACAUGCAGGCAAAAGAGCUUCUCCAUCCAGUUUUGCAUUAUUUCGGGCUUGCAGGAGGGAUUUCUCUGCUCUUACUUUUAGCAUUCAUCAGUAUUUUUUAUUUAGUGAUCAAAAAAAUCCUAGCUUUAAGUAACAAAGAUAAGGCUAAAAAGAAGUCUAAGAAGGCAUCUAAAAAGACUAACUAA